GCGAACUUGCUGAUAAGUUCGUAAAUAUAAAGUGAUUCUUAAAUUACAGUUAGUUGGUAAAUGCGCAUUUCAUUGGAAAGAAUAUCUGUAAAAAAUGUUAUUCUUAAAUUUAGCAUUAAAUUCGUCUAAACGUAUCAUUUAUUCGAGUGUCAAAUUAUCGAUAAACUCAACGUUGAAAAGAAAAAUGGCGACCGAAGUGGAAAAAGCACAAUCUGCCACUCCCGGUGGUGAUACAAUAUUUGGAAAAAUAUUGCGUAAAGAAAUCCCAUGCAACUUUAUUUACGAAGACGAUAAGUGUGUUGCAUUUAAUGAUAUCAAUGGACAAGCUCCUGUACAUUUUUUGGUAAUCCCAAGAAAACCAAUUCCCCAAUUGUCUAAAGCCGACGACGAGGAUGAAGCUUUGUUGGGACAUUUAAUGUUAGUUGCAAGAAAAGUGGCUAAACAAGAAGGUUUGGAUAAUGGUUUUCGUAUGGUUGUUAAUGAUGGAAAGGAUGGUGCACAAUCGGUGUUUCAUCUGCAUCUACAUGUACUCGGUGGUAGACAAAUGCAAUGGCCUCCAGGUUAACAAAAUUCUAAUUGUUUGAUCUGAUACAUAUUACAGUUUGAAUGAUUUGUUAAAACAAUACGUUAUAACCAUUUUUUUUUUGAUUCCUAAUAAAUCAUCGAACAUAAUAA